AUGCCGACUCUUACGCAACCCCUGUAUCGGACUGCCAGUUCGCCAGUUCGCCAGUUUUAUCAGUCCAGUAUUCUUCUCGACUCAAUCAACAAGCUAGAAGAGAAAGUGCUACCAUGGUACUCGCAAGACCGCGUUUUCCCUGUGAAAAUCGGUGAUGUCUUUCGUUCAAGGUGUCAGGUGAUUGGAAAAGUAGGCUACGGAGCGUAUUCCACAGUGUGGCUUUGUAGAGACCUACGGUCUACAAUCACCUCAGGGAGCCCCAAAUCAAGCCAUGCAGGUGCCAUUCUCGUCCGCACAGCGCUGGAUGGCUUUCAAAUCAAGUCUGCCCAUGGCUCCUCCUCCUAUCAGUGCCUUAUACAUCCUCCUUUGGCUACGAGCCUGUUCGAGCUUCAGAAUCAGGCCAAAGCGAAAGUUCUUCCUGAUGUCUUGCUUAAGCCGACUCUAAUCCAUAUUCUUCUUCUUUCCUUUGAUUUCUUACAUACGGAGGCCCACGUUAUUCACACUGACAUACAAGAAAAGAACAUCAUGCUCGAUGUUGAGGGCGAGCUAAUCCUCGUCGAUUUCGAGGAAGUUGAGAAAUCCAAUCUAAAGUCCAUGGAAAAUUGUGGGAGAUCGGGUGGUCUACUCUUCUCGAAAGCUCGGGAUCCCAAGGUGGAUUGCCGUCCUAUUUUAUCUGACUUUGGCACCGGAAGUGCUAUUACAGAUGACCUGGGAUCCAAAAAAAAUUCGAUAUCUGGAAUCUGGGAGUCCUGGCCUUGGGAUCUGUUCGAACAAGGACAUCUAAUUUAUGCCCGGGAUUCGAAUAAGAAUGAUUCAGAUGGUCAUCAUCUUGCGGAAAUGAUUGCGCUUCUUGGGCUACCACCGAAUGAGAUGCUUCGGAAUAGCGAGUAUGCGAACGAACUCUUUGAUAGUGAUGGUAAUUGGAGAGGUUUCACUGAGAUUCCCUCCAUGCCUUUGGAGAAACUAAAGGUCUGCAAGGCGCAGAGCAAGAGCGCUUUCUUUGCUUUAUGCGCAAAAUGCUUCGAUAGCGACCAGGAGAGCGAGCCUCGGCGAAGGGGUUGCUAUCAAAUCCUUAGUUAA